AUGUGCCAGCCUGCUUCAAGGUCUCCACCUGUUGCCAAAAAGCCAAGGAUCACAGGAUUACAUGACUACAGACCCAUCGCCCUGACUUGUGUGGAUAUGAAAUCCUUUGAGCGCCUUGUGCUUUACCACCUUAAAGUCAUCACUGACCCACUCCUGGACCCCAUGCAGUUCACCUACAGACCCAACAAAUUUGCAGAUGCUGCCAUCAUGGCUCUUCAUUUCAUCCUCCAGCACCUGGACUCCCAAGGAACCUCUGCUAGGAUCCUGUGGAUCACUGACUUCCUGUUUGACAGGAAUCAGCAUGUGAAGCUGGGGAAACACGUCUCUGACUUCCAAACCAUCAGCGACAGAUCCCCCCGAGCUGCACCUCCAGUCAAGUUCCUGAAGUUUGCAGAUGUCACCACCCUCACUGGACUCAUCUCUGAUGAGGACAAGUCUUCCUACAGGUGGGAGAUUGACCAUCUGGUGUCCUGGUUAACCUCUGUGGAGUAUUUUCGCUUCCUGGGCACUACAAUCACUCAGGACCUCAAGUGGGAGAUGAAUACCUACUCGCUCACCAAGAAGGCACAGCAGAGGAUGUUCUUCCUGCAGCAGUUGAGGUUUGAUCUGCCAAAAACAAUGAUGGUGUACUUUUACAACGCCAUCAUCAAGUCCAUCCUCACUUCCUCCAUCACCAUCUGGUACCCUGCUGCCACUGCUAGGGACAAGGGAAGACUGCAGCGCAUCAUUCGCUCUGCUGAGAGGACGGCUGCCUGCAACCUUCCAUCUCUUCAGGACCUGUACGAGUCCCGGAUCCUAAGGAGAGCAGAAAGGAUUACUGAAAAAUCAAUGACUGGGGAAUUCAAAUUAGAGCCUCACCACAUUUUUGGCUUGCACCGAGAAGUGAAAAACAACUUGCUCUUCUUAGAUGCCCAAACUGUCAUUUUCUCAGGUGGAAACCACUGUGUGCAGUACCACGUUGAUCAGAAAUGGAACAGUUUCAUUCCAGGUAAGCCUUCUGAGAGCUUCGGAAGCCAGGGCAUACGGGCGCUGGCUAUAAGCCCUGACCAGCGCUACCUGGCUGUGUCAGAGCACAAGGAGAAGGGCACAAUCACCAUCUAUGAACUUCAGAACCAUCAGUACCAAAAAAGACAAGUUCUCAUGGCUGACGCGAUCAAGGUACAGGAGUUUGUCUGCAUGGCUUUUUCUCCUGAUUCAAAGUACCUUCUGGGCCAGUCUGGAGAACCUGAAUGGAGACUCUUCUACUGGAAAUGGGAAAAGAAUAAGGUCAUUGCCAUGGAGAGCACCACGAAGGUUGGCCUUGUCAGUCAGGUCAGCUUUAACCCAGAGGACAGGAAACAGAUCUGUGCGAGUGGAAAAGGAGUCUUCAAGAUCUUCAAACUGGAGAAAGAAACCCUGUAUCAGUCCAACUUGUUUCAAAUGGACAUAGAGAACAUCCUGUGCCACGCAUGGAUGUCUGAGGACUACAUCGUUGCAGGGACAGAAACAGGAAAACUGCUAUUGCUUAUGGUGCAUUUCGGACAUGUGCAGAAGCUGGAGAGUCCGUAUAAGAGGUGUAUCACUGCCAUCACGCCAUAUUCUACAGGCUUCGUCUGUUCAGCUGGACCAGCCCUGGUUUGCCUCUAUGAGAAAUUGAAAGGGGACAAAGGCUACAGGAAGGCUGCAGAAAUACGAAUUCCUCAGGAUGAGUGUCUUCAGCCAGGUCAGGCUGAGAAGCAAACAAUCACCUCUAUGUGCAUGGAUCCAUCUGAGGAGAUACUGGCCAUCACCACAGACCAAGGCCAGAUCUACCACAUCAAUUUUGAAUUAUCUGUCAUUAGCAGGAGUAAGCAGGCCAACUUCGAGUUCCUGUUUCACUCUCUUCACUCGGAGAGCAUCACCGAUCUGUCAGUCUGCUCAAGCAAAUCCCUCUUCGCCACCUGCUCAAAGGACAACUCCGUGCGCAUUUGGAACUACAAGAGCAAGUCUCUGGAGCUGUAUCAGGAGUUUGAUGAAGAGCCAUACUGUGUGUCACUGCAUCCAAAUGGCCUCUCCAUCCUGGUUGGCUUCUUCAAUAAGCUCUGCCUCAUGCACGUGUUGGUGAACAAAUUCCGCAUUGUCCAGGAGUUCACCAUAGGCACCUGCAAUGAGUGUGCAUUCAAUCACGAUGGCAACAUGUUCGCCGCCGUCAAAUCAAACAUGAUUCACAUCUACAACAGCAGAACACAGAAAAAAGUGGACCUUCGGGGCCAUGUUAAGAAGGUGCUGUCGGUGAAGUGGAGUGAAGAUGACAGUAGUCUGGUGUCAUGUGGGAUGGAUGGUGCCAUAUACAAGUGGGACAUUCUGACCGGCACCCGCGAGUCAGACAACGUACAGAGAUCAUGUAUCUACACUGAUGUGAUGUUCUCACCCAAAACUGGGAACAUCCUCGCUGUAAGCACUGAUUUCAAACUGAAGGAGUUCCAAGGUGAAGAGAUCGUAAGGGAAUUGGUCUCAGAUGGUGUUCCCUACACAGCCAUCUCCGUGACUCAUUGUGGCGAGGCCGUCUUUGUUGGAACCUCUGCUGGUACUGUUAGGGUCAUGCAGUACCCAUUCCGAAAGGGGAAAACGUGGACAGAGUAUCAGGCCCAUUCUCGUCCCAUCACCAAAAUGGUCAUCACGCCUGGUGAUCAUUAUCUGCUGACUGCCUCAGAGGACGGCUCCCUCCUUAUCUGGAUAAUCAUUAACAAUAUGGGAUACAAGUUGUGUAUGGAGAAAAGAAUUAAUUUUACAGAGGAUGUCCUCUGUUCUAAGAGAUAUCUGGAAGAAAAGGAAGAGAUUUUACAAGAGGCUACCAACCAGGUGAACAGGCUGGAGUUGGAGCAGGAGUACAAACUAAAUCGGGAGCACAUGAACUACAGCAAGAAGAUUGAUCACAUAAUGUUGAACUCCAUGCAGCAGAUUGAGAUUCUGAAAGGCCAAAUUCAGGUGUUGGCUGCUGAGAACGAGAAUCUGAAGGCCUUUAACCAGAAGACGGUUACCCAGUUAGCAGAAAAACACACUAAAGAGCUGGAGAAUGAAAAACUGGAACAUGAGAUUAUGAUUAAUAAGGUAUAUGAAAAGCAGUAUGAACUGGAUCAGAAAAUGAAGGCAAUGCAGAAGGACUAUGAAGAAAAACUACAGCAGCAGAAUGAAAGCCAUCUCUGUGCCAUGGAGGAGAUGAAACGGGCCUAUGACGCCAAGCUACAGGAGCAACAGGCCAAGUUACAGCAGGAGGUGAAGGUGUCUGAGGAGGCUCAGAUGAUGAUGAAGAAGAAUAUAGAGUCUGAGCUUGAUGAACUCUGCUUCAGAUAUGAACGGGACCUCCAGAUGGAGAAGGAGACCAGCAGCAAACUUAAAUAUGAAAUGAGACUCGUGGAGAGGCAGCUGUCACAGUUCAGUAGAUUGAAAAGAGAGUUACUGGAUCAGGACCUGACCAUCCGUAAGCUAAAGGAGGACCUGAAGAGCAUGCAGGGCCAAUAUAAGGAUGCGGGAAACAAAAUAAAGGAACUGAUGAAGGAAAGCGAGGAGAAAGAAAAGAACAUAUGGAUGCAUAAAAAAACAAUCUCAAUAUUGCAAAAAGAGCAUAAAAAGUGCAAACGUGAAUAUGAUGAGGAACAUGCCUUACUGCAAAAGCAGUUGAAACACCUGAGGCUAGAACGUAAUAAUUUGAAGAAAAUUGUUCAACGAAAUGAUUGUGAGAAACUGCAGAAAGAGGUUGAAGAGAAAAAAACAAUCAUCAAAGAGCUCGGGGCUGAGUUGGUGAGGAGCAACGGAAAGAACAAGGCAAUCGUUGAGGACCUGAAGCGGAGGCUGAUAAUGAAGGAUAAAGACUUGGCCAAUGAGAGGACCAAGGUCAGAAAUGUGAAGACUCUAGUGGAAAGAAUGAAGACCGACAUCCAAAAGGGCUCCAGCUUUCUCCAUGAGCCGAAGAUGCUGAAAGAUUACUUUGUGAAUCUCCACAAAUGUUACAUUCAUAAAGCAGAUGUGACACAAACAAUCGAUACUGAGAUCAUGUUAGAGCACACCAGGCAGAAGGAGUUCCUGGAGAGGCGGUUGAAUGCUCAGAAGAAACAACAUGCCAUGGAGGUGAAACGCGAGCAAGCAUUCCGUACCAAGAUCAUAAAGGCAAGUACCUUGAUGGCUGAAGAUCUUAGCCAGGAGAGAGCAAAGAAUUACGAGCUGCAGAUGAUGCUCAAAAAUAAAGGACCCCAACUGUCUUAUUCUGUGCAGCAGGAUGCACCUGGUUUCCUCUGA